CCAAAAAUUGCACGAAGGCAAAACUGUGCUUACGCGAGUGAGGAAAAACAAUGUUUUAUUUAGGAAUUGUUUUGUGGUUCUAAUUUUUAAGCGAAAAUCUUAGCCAACUGGAAAAUGACAAACGCUCGGGAUUUAUUCAGUCUACCGGCCGGUCCUGCCGAUCUUUGCUUCGACAAGAACGAAUUCAUGAAGAAAACAUUUUCCGUUGAUGAAUUCCUGCACGAAAAUCGCAAUGCCGGCAGUUUGGAAAUUAUACGGGAUGAUUUGGGCCUGUAUCUGAAGGUGCUCCGCUCGGCGAUGAUAGAACUGAUCAAUCAGGACUAUGCGGAUUUUGUGGAUUUAUCAGCCAACCUGAUUGGGCUGGAUCAACAGAUUAAUAGUAUUGUGAGCCCGCUGGAGAAACUGAAGGAAGAGGUCCUAUCGGUAAAGACAGCCUUGGAGGGGGCAAUGAAGGACAUUUCCGAUUGUCUAGAACAAAAAAAGACACUGCGGGGAUACAAAAAAAGUUUGCAGAGUUUAGCAAAGGUUCGAGCGGCACUGUUGAAACUGGAGAGUUUGCUGAAACCUGUUGACGAUAAUGAGCGGGAGAUUAGUCCUACGUUGCUGGAACGUGCUGCGCUGGAAUCAAUCCAGCUGCAGUUUAAUGUAAAGUUUUGUGGUGAAUUUUUAAAUCAAGAGCAGUUGGAAAGCGCUAGCCAUUGGAAGUAUAGUUUGCUAUCGCAAAUGAAAGCUUACUUUUUAAAGAUGUUAGAAGGCAAGGAUCUUGACGGGUUGGAGCGAUGUCUACGGAUCUAUUGCACUUUGGAUGAAUGCCGCACGGCUGAAGAAGUUUUCAAAGCAGAGAUCGUCUCACCUUACAUGAAUCGUGUUAUUUCCGAGAGUAGCCUGCAAAAUUCGCCCCAAGGCCUGGCGGGAAUUUACAAUCAGAUACUAGAUUUUGUUUCGAUUAAUAUGAAACUGUUGCUGGAUUUGACGAAGAAAAACGGAAAAGUCAAAGGUUAUAAUUUUGUGGUGAACAGUUUUUGGACUGAAGUAGAGCGUCGCAUGGAAACGAAUAUGUCGUCAAUUUUUGCACCAGGAAAUCCGGAAUCCUUUUAUCAGAAAUACCAAUGUACUCUGGAGUUCCUGGAGCGGAUUGAGCUGAUAUUGCAAGAUCCUGAUGAAGUGACGGACUUUAAAGCACACCCCCAAUACAAAAGUUUCCAGGUUCGGUGGAACUUGCCAGUUUAUUUUCAAAUUCGUUUUCAGGAAAUCGGAUCGAAUUUGGAAAAAGUGUGUAUUCGAGAAUUUGAUGCAGCCAGGUUUUCCAUUCAGCAAAUCAGUUCCAGUCAAUUUAAUUUGUUGCCUUUUUCCGUUGCGCUCACGUGCAUUUCUAACUGCUGGCAGGACGGAAUUUAUCUGCCGCAAUUGUUUCAUCGGUUCAUUAAGCUAACACUGCAGCUGCUGUCCAGAAUUACGACCUGGAUCGAUAUAGCUGUCACGAUUGAACCAACCCUAUCAACCGCAGACCAACAGCAAGAAACGUUUUCUCUUAAAUUGAAACUUCUUGCCACAUUGUAUUCUGAUGUUAGCAAUUUAUCGAGAAAAAUCCCGAAAAUAGUUAACCUAAUCCAGCAGCGAGCUCCCAAUAGUCUUGCUUUGAGUUCUGCAAAAUUGGAUGACAUAUUUUUCGACAACAAAUCAGCCCUUGCGACGAAACAGAAUCGCAUUCAAACUUUAAUCGUGCAGGAACUGGUGCAAUCCAGCUUUCCUUAUAUCAAACAAGUUAACGAUAUUCCUCGAUUGUACAGAAAAACCAACCGAGAAGUACCCAGUCGGUGUUGUCAGUAUAUGGAACAACUACUGCAACCAAGCAAGUUAUUUCGAGAACGUUACCAAUCGAUGAUAGGAGAUGAACGACUAAAAGAGUUUUUGGCCAAUGUUUACAACAAUUUGACUACAAGUUACUAUCAAGCAGUGGAAGAGGUGCUAACAUCAGUUCAAAAAACAGAAGAAUCAUUGCGUCGGCUUAAAAAUCUCCGGGAUCGCAACUCCAGUACACAAACCAAUACCAACAGCAGCAGCACAACAACAACAAUGACCGACGAUGACAAAAUUCGACUGCAAUUGCAAGUAGAUGUGAUACACUACGUGCAGGAAAUCGAACGCUUAGGACUGGCCCGGGGAGAAAUCGAGAGGCUGCCAGAACUUGUUCAGAUGGUAGAGGAAGCGACCAAAAUUAGGAUAGGCUCCCAGCAGCCAACAUUAGUGCAAUCGUGAGAAAUGUACCAACGUAUCUCGGGGAGUUCUUUCAUCCGUUCGGCUAAAGGAAAAACUAGCCUCUACAAAAAUUACGUCUAGUAUCAGGAGAAACUAUCGGCAUCGAUUUUCAUUUCGAAUUAGUCAGGCAAACUUCUGUUUGUAAAACAGAAUUAGGAAAUUUACCUAAAAAAAAUCCCGGCAUACGAAAACAAAUCAAUAAAAAUACAUAAAUACCAGA